AAGUGCUUUAACUUGUCACGUGAUUGAUGACCAGGAGUUACGCAUGUACGCAGUGGGCUGGCGGUGGGCAGGCACAGCAACUGUUACAGUUCCUGUCAGGAAAGAGGCAACAUGUCGAUGGAGGACCCGUUCUUCGUGGUGAAAGGGGAGGUGCAGAAGGCCCUGUCGCGGGCGAGGGGCCUGUUUGAGCGCUGGGAGGAGCUGCUGCAGGAGGGCACCCCGGUCAGCAGGGAUGAGCUGGACUGGAGCACCAACGAGCUGCGCAACUGCCUGCGAGCCAUCGACUGGGACCUGGAGGACCUGCACGAGACCAUCAGCAUUGUCGAGUCCAACCCCGGAAAGUUCCGUCUGGGAGAGAACGAGCUGCAGGAGAGGAGGGACUUUGUGGAGAGAACCCGGCAGUCGGUUCAGGAGAUGAAGGAGCAGCUCUCCAGCCCCUCGGCUGUGGCACAAGCAGAGAAGAAGAACAGAGAGGCGCUGAUGGCGGCCCCGUCUCAGGAGCGCUACACUAGUCUGGAGCCGCACCUGGUGUCGGCCAACUCCCGCUACAUCCAGGAGCAGCAGGAGCAGCAGCAGUUGAUAAUGCAGGAUCAGGACGAGCAUUUGGAGCUGGUGACAGGCAGCAUCCGUGUGCUGAAGGACAUGUCGGGACGCAUCGGAGACGAGUUGGAUGAUCAGGCUGUUAUGUUAGGAGAGUUCAGUGAGGAGAUGGACCAGACAGGUUCGAGGAUGGACUCGGUGUUGAAGAAAAUGGAGAAGGUGUCUCACAUGACCAGUAGUCGGCGGCAGUGGUGUGCCAUCGGCGCCCUCGUCACCAUCAUCCUGGUGGUGCUCAUCCUCUUAUUCGCUCUAUGAGAGCUGGCGCUCCGUCUCGAAUGUUGUCUCGGCCACAUCAGCCAUUUCCUGCCCAUGACCCCGAGGACAGCGGAGAGGAUGAGGAGUGAGGAAGAGUGAGAGAAGAACCUUCAAGAACCCUUUCUCCUCUUCUCACGCUUUUCCUCCUCUGUCUGAACCUCUAGAACAGAGGAGGGAGAGAGAGAGAGAGAGAUGGAGAGAGAGAGAGAGAGGUGUUAUAUAUUUUUUUCCUUAACUUCCUGCCUCCCUCCCUUUCUCUGGUUCUGGAAUAACUCUUGAACAUGGCUUGUGACGGAUUCCUCAAGAGUGAGCAACAGCUGGACUUGAAUAGAUUCACUAGGUUAUUGUCCUUAAAUGUCCUUAUUUUUAAAAAUCCAGGCCUAAAAUAACUUGUAUUUUAAAGACUGGUACCUGCCACACAGAAAGCGGUACUGGGAGUCAGUGUUGCCUUAAAUAUAUGUCUCCUGUUAGCAGUGCACCAAGUAAGACAUGCACAAAUCUGAAACACUUCACUCCAUGGAUUGUAUCACUGAGCUGAAGAAUGCCGUGGGCUUUGUGUCCUUCCUGUCCUCUGCAUAGUUUGUGCUUAUAGUGCCUGCUGUCUGUACUCGUGAGGCUGCUCGAUGGCCUGGCAACACAAGCACAAUUGGCUGCCGGCUCCCUCUAGUGUUUAUUUCUGGUGUAAACUUAAACUGACCCCAUGCCCCAUCAUGGAGAAUUUUGUGUUGUUGAAACAACUUGCUUCUUUGAGAGAAGAAAGGUAAUGCAAUUGUUUGUUUGUUGUUUAUUUUUUUUUUUAAAAGGCCUUCACCUCAGGUACGGUUUUGUGCAGCUCUGAUUGAGCAUUGCCAGGUAAGGGACAGCUUGAGAGUUAAAGCACAUUUCAUCAAUGUCAAGCUAUCCUGCGUGGAGUAGCAUGGUAGGACAUAGUAUUAAGAAACAUCUUCUAUCCACGUUUCCUGGCCCUUUUAUUCAGACCCAUUUGUGUCAUUGUUGGUCAGACCAUGCCUUAACAUAUUAUGCCCCUGUUUGAUAACCCCUGAAAUAUGACUCCUUGCCAAAUUAUUUCAUACUGUAUAAACAUUGUGUUAUAUUUUCAUUGAUUUGAAUUGCUCAAUUUCUAACAGCGGGAGUGCAGACUUUUAUAUACGCGUAAUAUUUACUAACAUCAAUGAUUUCUCGAACACAUUUCUGAUGUGUGUGUGUGUGUGUGUGUGUGUGUGUGUGUGUGUGUGUGUGCGCGUGUCAGUGUGUCACAGCUGGCCUUGCUAUUUAGUUUUUGCCUCUAAGAGCCCCACUACUAAAAAACAAACAACUAAAAACCAAACAAACAAAAAUGCAUCAUAACAGUGAUGCCAGAGAAGGUGCCUGUUAAUCGAAUAUACAGCAAGACUAUACAGUAAGAAGCAGCCCUCUGUGUUCCUCUGAUCCCUGGGCCUAGAGUGGCCACUGAGGGGGAGAAGGGCGAUGGUGCCAUGUUCCCGUUCCUACUAUUGUUCUUUUCAGGCGCUUUAAAGGCCUUUAAAGUUAUCUGAUUUGGCCAUGUCAGUAUCUCAUAGUUUGAGUUGCAGGUGUGAACAGUGUUGUUGUGUGUGUGUGUGUGUGGUUUUUUUAUUUUUUAUUUUAUUGUUAUGUUUAUUUUAGGAACAGGUUAUCACCCCCAUUGACUUUAUAAUUGACAUAUUUUUUUAAUCUAAGCAGAAGGCCACUAUCUCAUGCCUGGACUUGCCCAGUCCUUACAGAACUCCUGACAGGAAAUUCCUAUGUGUACAACAAUAAGCUCCACUGCCUGUGGAUAGUCGCUAAAGAAACAGGAAGUCUGUGUUCACGUGGCCAAGAUAUGAUGUCUCCUUCAUGUCACCAACACCCUGUGCCAGUGGUCUGUGUUUAUCAUAUCAUACUGUUAGCCUGCCAGUCCAUCAGAAGAGAAUGUACUCAGGCUGUGACAAAAUGCCUCUGUGUGAUUGUGUGGGGGUUUUUUUUUCUGCGUUCAUUUGCUCACCUACAGUGGGCAUUCGUGUCUACCUAGCCUGUUCUGUACCCCUUCUGUCCCACGCCAGGCAUCUUUCAUCACCAUGGUAGUGCUGGAGUUUUCAAGGGCACAAGGUACAAUCCAGCAAUUGAAACUCAGUUAAUGAACUUGUACCUUGAUCCAGCCUACCCAUGGAUUUGUCCUUCAGUCACAGAGCAUGGUGUAUUCAUAAAAUGAGUUCCACAAACGCAAGAGCCUUUUCAACUGCUAAACUGUAUUUGGCUUGCUGGUGGAGAACUGUCGGCAGCAUGCACUACUUAUAGGAAAGCUGCUUGGAUUUUUAAAGAGUUCCUGAUGGGAGAUUUUUAAAGAGUUCUUGAUGGGAGAUAUUUAAUUGCCUUUAUUUACUGUUUGGCACACUUGCUACUGCUUCCGUUGAUGCUACAUACGGCUAAACAGCGUUUUUUUUCUUCUGCUCCACUGCCUCCCUAGUUAACAAUCCAUUUCAAUAUGUUACUGAGAUUAUAAGGAGGAAUUGUACAAAAAUUGUGCUAUAUACCCUUUUGUAAAUGUAAAGACUGUAUUUGGAACAUUUGUCAUUUGUUGUGAAACUGGGUGGACUUGUCAUAAUAAACAAAAACAUGGCUUUUAA